AUGUCGACGGACAGCACACAACCCCAUACGCCCAGCCACGAGGCAGUGGCAGUGCGUCCUCAGCCCUGCGCCGCCAACCAGUGGAAAAGGGCCGCUCUGAUGGCCCGGAUGGCUCCGGCAUUCCGGGAGACCGUUUCCGAUGACAGCGAGGAUGAGGUGGACACCAAGAAGCAGAUCAAGUACGGCAGCGGCUUCCAGGCGGCCAAGGCCAUCAUCCAUGAGUACUGCGACUAUACGACCAUCCAUGGCAUCCGGUAUCUGGGGGAGAAGAAACGACCCUGGCUGGAGCGACUCUUCUGGAUCAGUGUCCUGGUCCUAUCGGUCUUCACCUGCGUCAAACUGACCCUAAAUAUCUGGGACAAGUGGAAUAACAAUCCAGUGAUAGUAAGUUUUGCCGAGAAGUCCACACCCGUGUGGGAGAUUCCCUUUCCCGCUGUCACAGUUUGUCCAGAGACAAAGACGCGAAGGGCGGUAUUCAACUUUACGGGUUCGUAUCACCAAAUACGCGAUUUCCGGCUAAAUGUCAGUGGUGUACCGGAUCUCUCCGAAAAGCAAAGAGGACUAUAUGGCGCAGUGUCGCAGGUUUGCGAGCCCCACUUGCAUGAUUUAACCCUGGGCAACAAAACCCGGAGGGGCAUGGAGAUCAUUGACGCCCUGACUGAGGCAUCACCAUAUUUCGAUGACACCUAUCUCAAUUGCAAGUGGCGUAAUACUCCGGUUAAAUGCAGUGACAUAUUCCACAAAUUCGUGACGGAGGAUGGCGUCUGCUAUAGUUUCAACUCACUUAGUCCAGCGGAGAUCUUUAGAGCAGAAGGCAUUAUACCCGACUUUAUAUUCCGCGAGGAGAAUCGGUUGUCCAUGGACUGGAACGUGGAGGAUGGUUAUAGCGCCAGUGCAGAUACCUCACCUUAUCCAAAUCGAGUUUUGGGUCCUGGAGCUCGAGCUGGUCUAUAUCUAUUUAUGGGUGGAGCGGAAAUCGAUUUUGACGACAUGUGCCGUGGUCCGGUUCAGGGUUUCAAGAUUUUGUUACACACCCCUGGAGAUGUGGCCCAAGUGUCCAAGCAGUACUUCCGCAUACCCUUUGACCAGGAAGUGCUCAUCUCUAUACGUCCCAAGAUCAUCACCACUUCGGAUGGUCUGAAACACUACGAACCCAAUCGAAGGCAGUGUUAUUUCCAGAAGGAAAAGGAACUGCGCUACUUUAAUAUCUACUCGCAGAGCAAUUGCGAACUGGAGUGCUUGGCCAACUUUACUUUGACCAAAUGUGGCUGUGUAAAGUUCUCUAUGCCACGUAAUGUAAAUAUGCCCGUUUGUGGUGAUGCCAGUUUGAAGUGCUAUAACCAAGCGGAGGAUGAGCUGCUGCUCAGGGAAUUUUCCCAGGGCUUAAUUAACGCAGGUGAAAAUACACGGGGAGAAACUGAGUGCAACUGCCUGCCAUCAUGCACCUCAAUCGCCUACGAGGCUGAGAUAUCCCAGGCUGACUUCGAUUACAAGACAGUGAUCAAUACUGAUACGCCAGAGGGAAAAGAAGAACAAGCCAAGAGACAGGGAAUGAAAAUGUCCCGAGUGUCGAUUUUCUUCAAGGAGGCCCAGUUUCUGACUUCUCGGCGCUCAGAGCUUUACGGUACCACCGACUUUCUUGCCAAUUGUGGAGGUUUACUUGGCCUGUUCAUGGGCGUUUCUAUGCUGAGUAUCGUGGAACUGAUCUACUUCUGUACGGUGCGCCUCAUUUCGAACCUAAGGAUGCGCCUCAAAACACGCAAGGAACUGCUGAAGGCGGUCAACAAGGACGCCUAAUCGAAGGAUCUCCUUUCGAACAGCCCAUAAAUAAUACAGAGUGCUGAACUGGAAGCCAAAGUUGAGCUGACUCGGCUGACUUUGUGUUUGUGUUGCGUUAAAUGUUAAAUCUGCAAACAAUGAAAAUAAAGUUGUACUCAGCACUAGACGGCAA